CUCACUCGCUAUAAAGCUCGAUGGACCAGUUCUUUGCCAAGCGCGCGACGGCCGGCGGUCCGUCCUUCUGUCCGCACUGCGGCACGAUCCUCGACCUGCCGGAGACCAACAACAUUGUCUGCUCGUCCUGCGGCUACACCUGCCAGUACCAAGACUUGCCGACGCUGUGCACGGUCACGUUCAGCGAGGACCGGCCCGAGCCCAAGUGGGUCAAGAACGCGAUCGUGUCGCAAGAAGUGACGGGCCCCGCGCGCGCGACGGUCGAAGAGCCCUGCCCCAAGUGCAACAACCCGCAGAUGGAGUUUUACACGAUGCAGCUGCGGUCCGCCGAUGAAGGCCAAACCGUCUUUUACGAGUGUAAAAAGUGCGGCCACCGCUACUCGGUCAACACAUAAGCAGCGUCCGGCGACGGCGACAAUCCAAUGGACUUCAUUUACAUGU